GUUGUUCACGAUGAACUCGCCAAUAGCCACGCUGCUGCGCAAGCAGCACACGCUGCAGCAGCUCACUCGUCCAUUGCACCACCGGAAAUUCGGCGGAAAUCGGGUUUGGAAAUGCUAAACAUACCACCCGUUUCUGUAGCUCGACAUCCUCAGAGGAGGCCAGGAAGUCCCGCUGGAGUAGGAAUACAGCGACCGUCUAUUAAUCCGGCUGCUCGAUCUAUCCUAGGAGGCACCUCAGCAUAUAGCGCGUUGGCUGUGAAUACUUCACAUGGUGCUACUGGAUCACCUCAGAUGACAACCCAGCACAUGUCUCCAUCUGUCUCAGCUGCACCAUCGUCGGCAGCAUCUAACGUUUUUGCUCAUUUUCAGCAGUCAUUAAACGCUUGCUCACCAGCAAGUCAACCCAGCAAAACCCCUCAACCGAUGACGUCACCAGCGAUAUGUGUACCAAAAACCGAAGUUCCUUCUGCAAUUGUUCAGCCUAUGGCGUCACCAGCACUACCAAACACGAGCAGUGUGCUAACAUCCGCUGCAUCAUUUCAGGAUACAAAUGUCCAGACGACAACAACAGUGCCACCACCGCCAACGCUGCAAUUUCUAGCCACAUCGGCCGCUGUGUCAGGACCACCUACUUAUGAGCCAAUUUCCCCUGAUGGUAGUGCUCCAACAAGCCCAGUUGCACGUGCUGAAGCACCUGCCUCUGCACCAACCUGUGAGUACUCAAUAGUUUUUAAAGCCUUCCGAACAUCAUAG